AUGGUCAAGUUAGAGAGAGUAAUCUGGCAGAGACGCAAGCCCCGAGGACGCGGGCUUCGUGCUACGACUGCCUCAUCUGUAAACGCCGUCACGUUAAGUGCGAUGAAGUUCAUCCCCAAUGCGGUCCCUGUGCAAAGGGACGGCGUCCUUGUGUCUACGCGCAUUCGCAUCGCCGUGACGUUGCUGCCCAGCCAGGAGUGUCCGAGUGCCCUCCAGACAAAAUCACUACAGGUCGUGGUGGACUCUCACCACCAAGGCCAACAGUCUAUUCAACAAGAGAGCCCUCCCAUGGAGCCACAUCAAGCUCCCACGGGCGAGAAUAUGGUAACCCGCACUCACAAACCGCCUGAUAGCUAUGUACCGUCAUCAGGCACAGAAGCAAGUGAUAUACCCUUGCGAUGCUUGCAGCUUUUGGCAAAGAAUGCCACCGAUGCUGAUGGCGGGUUUCUGCUGUCUCCGCCGCAGUUAUCUCGCAACCGGGUCGACACUGGAGAGGGCUGGGAACUGUCUUCCAACCUGCGUCCUCACAAAUUAAGAGAUCAGCAGAACUUUCAUGCUGCGGCCUUCAGUCCGGAGAUUGGACAGCGCAUUGUGCCACAAUCACCUGACACUGAGUCCGUUGCAAUCAAGGCGCCCUCGUCAUGGACCUCAAGGUAUCCAAUUCCUCUUUCGGACGUAGAGCAUUGUCUUUUCAAGCAUUUUGUGCGCGUCUCAAGCAAAUUGCUGGACUUUUAUGACCCAGAAAAGCAUUUUGCAACAACGGUUUCGCACAUAGCGCUUCGGAAUGUUGGUUUAAUGAAAGCGUUACUGGCCCUUUCUGCGCGCCAUCUCUCGCAGGGAAAAACCGAGAAAGAGAAUGUUGUCCGCGGAUCAAUUGAAAAGGAUGACAUUCCGGGACGCGGGGAAGAUAUUAUUGACCGCACUCUUGCGGCUAAAUAUUACUUAGAGACCCUUGAUUAUUUGAACAAAGAAAUGCAGUACCCAUCCCAUGCGCGGAGCUUGGAUCUGAUUGCGACCGCCAUCCUCAUCAGCACCUACGAGAUGAUCGACGGCUCGAAUCAGAAUUGGGAAAGACAUAUAAAAGGUAUAUCAUGGAGGCAACAACUCCAGGACAACAACGGAGAGUCAGGAGGACUCCGAUCAGCCGUCUGGUGGGCUUGGCUUCAACAGGAUAUCUGGGCUGCGAUGAGAAGACGACGUCGAGUCUUUAGUAUCUGGAAACCUAAAAAGCCAGUGUCGACGCUCACAGCACAAGAGUUCGCAACUCGUGCCUUGUACUUGCUUUCCCAGUGUAUCAACUAUGCAUCGAAAGAAGAAGAGGAAGCUUCAGGUUUAGAGCGCCGCGUGGACCGGGGAAAUGAGCUGCUCUCCUUGCUCCAGGAAUGGCAUGAAGGAUUACCGCCAGAAUACAGCCAUCUGCCUUCCGUAUCCGAUAUUGAAAUCUUUCCACCGAUUUGGGUACAUCCGCCAUCUUAUGCUGCGGCUCUGCAAAUCUAUAGUCUUGCCCUGAUCCUCGUCAUCUUGCACCGUCCAUCCUCCGGCGGAACUGAAGACUAUCGAUUGUCACAGCAUAUGUUGGCAGUUGCUGUGAGGACAAUUUGUGGAAUUGCAAGGUCUAUUGAUAAAAACGAUGAGGGAGCGAACAUGACCUCGUUAAACUGUUUAUUUGGGGGUAAGAUAGCCCGAAACAACCAUUUAUCGCAUAAUGCUGAAAUGUAA